CUGUAGCGGGCGGUGUGUGUGUGUUGUGAGGAGAUGAUAUGCUUCGACGCCUGUGCCUGCGUUUGACGGCUCAUAUUCCAAUUUAAGCCGACAAGAAUAGGUUACCAAUUCCCCUGUGCCCCUCUUUAUAUUUACAGUCGUGUUAAUUUCUUCAACAACUAGAUAGCGGGGAGCGGAGAGGCAACAACCAUCGGUAUUGAAUGUUGGUAAGCAGGCUCCAGUCCAUUUGGGCUUUGACGCGGAUUCUCGGGCUGCGCUGCAUUGCUCGCGAGUACUGUAAUCGCAGCUGAGAUAUGGACGCUGUUCUGUGAAGCAUGCUGCACUGACAAAUGUUCUCCUCCCGGACAACAAAAACUGAAGUGGCUGGCUGGUUGGUGAAGCUGUGACCUAUGCAGGGUUGUCUUGGCUAAUGGUCCAGGGGCUGUGUCCUUCUAGGAGGGUAUGCCUGUAUCCCACCAUGCCGCUGCUGGCAGAAUGGCUGCUGUGCCACUCCUUGGUGGCAUGCCUGCUGCUGCAUAGCCUGGUACUCAGCUCCACCACCGCGGGCCUCCACGGGGCGAACACCGGCUGCUCCGAGAGCUGCUACUGCUCCGAGUCUGCAGAUGGCGGAAGGGUGGUGCGCUGCAGCAACAUGCGCCUGGCGGAGGUGCCGCAUGACCUGCCUAACGAUACCCGUCGACUUUACCUGGACGGUAACCUCCUCACCACCAUCCCCGCCGACGCCUUUGCGGGGCUUCCUUUACUCAACGAGCUGGACCUCUCCCACAAUGAGCUAACUCAGAUGGAGCCGGGGGCCUUCCGGGGUCUGGUCCCCUCUCUCAGGAGCCUGGACCUGUCCUCUAACAGACUGACCACCCUGGAGCCAGAGGUCCUGGGGGGCCUGAGGGCCCAGGCCAACCUCACCCACAACCCCUGGCACUGUGACUGCCGCCUCCAGGUGGCUAUGCCCCGGCUGGACCUGGAACCGGCCUCACUGGCUGGCGUGGUGUGUCACACUUCGGAGCCCAAGGAUGUCGGCGUAGAUACAGGGGUGCCCUUCGUCAUGGUGGCUGCCGACCUGGACCUGUGCGCAGGGCUCAAGAGGACCACGGACGUGGCCAUGCUGGUGACCAUGUUUGGCUGGUUCGCCAUGGUCAUCUCCUACCUGGUGUAUUACGUCAGGCACAACCAGGAAGACGCACGGAGACACCUGGAGUACCUCAAGUCCCUUCCCAGCAAACUGGACAGACCAGAGGAGUCCUCUACACUGAGCACAGUGGUGUGAGAAGUAAAAUACCAGACCUGGGUCAAAUGCGUUUUGUCAAGUACUUUCAUAUUCUGAAAAUGAGCAUGAUUGAGCUUGAUUGUUGUGCAAGGAGGUCGCGUUUGCACUUUUGGGACGAUUCUAUUGUAAUCGGUAAGCUAAAUCAAGCGAACCUGUAGUAUUUAAAGUAUUUGACAUAUAUUUACCUAAGUCAGGUGGCGACAAAGGAAAUAACAGCCAAACACCUCAAAAGGAUCAAAAAAGGAAAUGCCCAAACUUAGACCGGGAUACUAGUGUACUGUACAAGUUUUCAACCUGUUCAUCACCAGUAAUCCAUUGGAAACACAAUACCUCACGGUAACAUUUCAUUGAAACAAAUUCACACUCUUUGAUAAAUUAAGGCCAUUAAAUUAGAUUUUUUUUUUUCACAUAGCUGUUUGUUGAACGAAAUAAGGAAUUAUUUUACACAUACAUUUGUGAAUAUUCUACAUGUAUGUGCAAGUCCAGUCUCAGUCUUUGUAAGAUACUCUGUAUUUGAAAAUGAUUGAAUUCCAACAAGGUAUUGAACGAUUGUCAAAUGCAUAACUAUUUCACAAUGGACUGCCGAGGGCACCAUUUUGUUGUUAUUCAGGAAUGCAUGACGUCAUCAAAUGUCCCCAUAAUAGUGAUAAUACUGUGCUUGGCAGUAUAACAGAGACUGCAUUGUUCUUCCAACAGCUGCACUCAUUGAAUGUUGGAUCUUUAUUUGCUGGAUGAGAAGCCCCAUGUAAUCGUCAUUUUACCAGAAAGAAUACAAUCAUGAAAUGCUCCUUAAUUUUUAUUUUGGCCACAAUACCAUAUUCUUUCCACAGUUGUACUGCAUGUAAUGUUUCAUUUCACACUAAGUCUGCCUGAACAUAUCACAUUUUCAUGUAUUUUUAAGUGAACAAUGUGUUCAUUAUAUUGAAUUAUGAAUAUUUGACAGACCGUAGUGCACGAUGGCAAAACUAGUUUAGAAAUAUGAAUUGCGCAACUUCAAUCAGUGGGUCCAAAAAGUUAUUUUUUUAAGAAAGA